AUGGACACUCUUUCACCGACAACACAAGAAGACAGAGGUUUUAACCUUGCCGUUAAUAGAUUACCACCUUCUUACGAACACAGGCCACCACCUCCAUUGCCACCACUUCCUGAAUGGGAUCGCCAAAGCACAAUUUCACAUGCGAAUAAUCUAGCAAAACAGUCAAUUAUAGCUGAAGAGUUCCCAAUAUUACUAGAGAAAAGGCAUGGGUCAGACCGGGUGAAAAACAUGGGUGCGCUAAUUGACGAAAUGAGGACGGCUAAUGAGAUGUUGGCAAAAAAAACGCUUGCACGCGAACCAGAAUUAAUUCAACUUCGUCAGUCCGUUUUAGAUCAUGAGAGAAUGCUUAGAGAGUUAAAUGAGGAAUUCCAUGAAAAGCUUAAAGUUCAGAAGGAUGCAUUACGUCGUUUUUCUCCGACUAUUCUUCUCUCUAAGCUGAAAUCCGAGGUACAACUAUCGGAUGAAUUGUCAGAACAGAUGGCAAAUUCAUUUUUAGAGGGUGGACUAGAGAAUGAUUUGUUUUUGAAACAUUUCCGGGAGGUCAGAAAGGUGUUUCAUCUGAGAAAUGCUAAAGUAGAGAGAGUGAACAGUCAACCGGGAAUUUUGGGACCCUGA